GAGCCGGCGUCCGAAACAAACAUUUUUCCAACUACAUUUUCCAGUCUUUCCUUAUGUGCGUGUGUCCGGUCCGCGAUUCUGUUUGAUAUUUGAAGCAUAAAGAAGCGUACUGAACAUAUCGUCUUUCGAAACUGACCUAGGCCAGGAAACUUUGAGAACAUAACUGACCUAAGUCAAGCACUAGAAAACAACAACAGGACUUGGACAAUAUUGACAAAGUAUAAGAAGUAUAAGAACCCUUUUCAAAUACUUAGUAAUAGAAUAAAGUAGUGUCGUAACUCGUAAAAGUGCUAGUCUAGUUCAUUCUCCACAAAGCACUUUCUGUUUAAUCAUAUCGGUUAGAAUUGCAUUGUGUAUCCCAAGAACCAUUUCCCUUUUUUGGAGAGUUUGACCAUUAGAAAAAGGCAGAUUACCCAUCAACAUUCCCAACAUCGCUCGCUUAAACUUGAAAUGGUUGUGAACUGUAGUAACAAAAGUGUAAAAAAAUUUAAGGAUGUCCUCACAUAAAGUAUCGUAGUUGACUAUUUAUUAUACACUGCAAUUCGUUUGUGCAGCAUUUGAAAAGAUAAGCUAAGCAUACAUAAAAAAAUUGAAAACACGGAAAAGACUUAAAUUUUCGGGCCAGUUUUCACAUAUUAAAAAGUGAGCAGUGAAAAGCUUAAAAUAAUUUCCAAGUUAUACACGGAAUCAGUGCGGUUAGAACCAUUAAUAAGAAAAUGAAUUCAAAGUGUUGGAAAAUGUGAAAAAUACAAAUAUCGAAGCAAAUAACCUGUGAGUCUUGAGUUUAAAUACUGAUUAAAUGCUCUCCACACUGGCUUUGCUGCUCUGAACCCCGCACUCUUCCCCUCAUCUAUGCGCAGAUAAUUUGCAAUGAUGAGUUAUCAGAAAGGUCUCAAGGAUCCAAACCUGGACAGGCAUACCAGUAAAGCCAAAUCCCGGCAUUUCACGGUCAACGGUCUCCUGAGUGCCAAUAACACGCUCCAGCAGCAGCAGAACCAAUACAACCUGCAGCCCUCGAGUGACAGCCGCAACAUCUACAACAAUCCCUACAUUCCGCCGCAGCAGCAGCAGCAGCAGCAACAACAGCAGCAGCAGCAGCAACAGCAACUGCAGCAGCAGCAGCAGCAAACGCAGCAGCGCACCGCCCACCUUUUCAAGGCCUUGGCAGCCUCCGCCGUGGGAACCAAUAGCCUGACUCACCCCUACGACUUCUCGAACUCGUCCUCCUCCUCCAACGCCAACAAUGAGCACCAGGGAUCCUCCUCGUCGGAAGCGGAGAACGCCUUCCUAACUCAUAAUAACGGUGAGGGCCGUAGGUCGAGCAGACGCCGCCAGUUAUGCAAUAAAAAUCAUUAA